AUGGAUUCCGCAGCCGGUGCUGAACAGCCGCCUGUAGGACAAGCAGCAGCGACAACCCAAGAUGACGAUUCGGCACCCGCGGCCAUUUCUGCUGAGCCUCCAGUGGAGCAAGCAGCAGCGACAACCCAAAGUCGUCAAAAACCGCGAAGAAGAAGAAGAAGUUGUCCGCCAAUGCUAACCACACAUUUGAACAAUGGCGAUUUGGCGUCCGCGGCCAUUUAUGCUCAGCCGCCUGUGGAGGUAGUAGCAGCGACAAAGCAAACUGGCGAUCUGAAGAACAGACCCGUACCUGUCAUAAUGAAGUGGCACGAAUUUGGCGGCCCAAACAAGGAAGAAGAACUUAACUCCUUCGCCGGCAAGGCACUCUUCACAGAACGAUAUGUAGUCAUGCUCACCUCAACAACAACGCACACGGAGUUCGUUACAGAUGUAAUGGAGACUCUGAGGGUGGGCGAUCUCGGUCGUUCAACUCCUGGAAGAGUCUGCAGACAAUUCUUCAUCAUAGAUCCUACUGAGCUUCGAAAAGCGCGGAACGGCACGAAAUUGGACAAGAUUACCAAUAGAUUCAGGAAACCUGAACCGUUCGAGCCAGUAACGAGAAUCGUGAGCAACGGCAAGAACUGGGAGGCAAGUCGAGAACUGCUACUGCAGCAUGAUGACUAUUCGUUGUACUGCCGCGCUUGGCCGCUGCCGGACGACUGGUCUUGGCAUCAAUAUGUCUACAACUCGAAUUGCAGGAGGCGUCGUUAG